UGCUCAUACUGUCAGUGUCUUGUACCUUGUAGCAUCGAUAGUAAAGUGAAAAUUGUGUUUUAGACUUUUUUCUAUCGAACUUCUAAGUUAAUUUGUUAAUAAUGGACGAUUUGGAUCAACAAAAUCAUCAUAUACACUGGUAUGACAAACGUCUGAUGGCAAUUUUAUCAGAUUAUAGUAUGAUUAUUUUAUCAAUUAUCAUUACAUGGUGUCUUCUGUACGUCAAUUUAACCCCAUACUUAAUGGCAGUACCAGGAGGAAGUAUCGCAUCUUUUUUCAUUCUAUACGUGGCUGGAUAUGGCUUGGGCUGGUUAGUGGAAAAACUAGCCAAUUUGCCACCUUUGUUAGGUAUGUUGGUGGCAGGAAUAGUGAUUCAAAACCUUGGACUUUACAAUGUUGAAGUAGAAUGGUGUAUUAAAUUUGUUGCGAUUGCUAGGGAGGCUGCACUUACAGUUAUUCUAAUUAAAGGUGGCUUGGGGUUGGAUGCUGAUCAACUACGUCGUCUUAGUGGAACGGUUACUAAAUUGACACUGACACCUUGUAUAACUGAAGCAAUUGCUGUUGCAGUGGCUGCUCAUUAUUUGAUUCCACAGUUUUCAUGGGAAUGGUCAUUAUCCCUUGGAUUUUCUUUAUCUGCUGUAAGUCCUGCUGUUUUGGUGCCUCGACUAUUAAGCUUGAGGACUAAAGGUUAUGGUGAAGUAAAUGGAGUUAAUACCUUAUUAAUAGCUGGAUCUAGCUUAGAUGAUAUUGUUUCUAUAAGUGCUUUUGGUGUAUUACUGGGUCUAGCUAUUUCUGAAGGCGAUUUGAUAAACAAAAUUGUACAAGGGCCUAUAGAUGUAUGUAUUGGAAUAGUAAUUGGAUUACUAUGGGGUGCUGUGUUAAUAUUUGUACCACCUUCACCGUGGGCUCAAAACGUUAAUAGUGAUGACUAUAAACUUGAAAAAAAUAAUAGAAUUGAUACGUUAGAUCAAUCAACCACAGCAAAACGAUCUCUCCUUUUGGGUGCUGGAGGAUUUUUAGCUGUAAGAGGUAGCCUAUGGUUUGGUUUUCCUGGGGCUGGACCAUUAGCUUGCAUUAUAUCAGCGUUUGUAGCUAAUACUGGUUGGAAAUGGAAGUUGGAAAAAUAUAAUGAUAGCUUAACCAUACCAAACAAUGCCCAAAAAUAUAAUCCAACUCAAGAAAACUCAGUCGAAAAAAUAUUUGAUUACUUUUGGAUUGGUCUAGAGCCAGUGCUAUUUUCAUUUAUUGGAACUGAAGUCAAGUUGAAAUUACUUCAAGAGAGUGAUAUUAUUUUUACCGGAAUAUUAAUUAUAAUAUUUGGAUUAAUUAUUCGUUUAAUUGCAACAACAUUGUCAAUAUGGGGAGCUGGAUUUAGCCGUAAAGAAUCUGUAUUUAUAAAUAUUGCGUGGUUGCCAAAAGCCACAGUACAGGCAGCUCUUGCACCCGUAGCAUUAAAUGCAGCUAGGGAGCAUGGUAAAAGUGGUGACGAAGAACGGGCCAUUCGGUUGUGCGCUAUUGCAGUACUUUCCAUACUUAUGACUGCGCCCGUAGGAGCUCUUGGUAUACAAUGGUUUGGAUUAAAAUUACUGCCGAAAUUACAUGUACAAGAAUAAACUAAAACUGAUGGCACGAAUUUUUUAAAAAUUGACAAAUAAAUUUUUAACGUUUGCCUA